AUGGCAGAUGAAGCAUUUGAAAGCCAGUUAUUACCCAAGAGGGGACGGGGACGACCAAAAGGCGUCAGAGGUACAGUUCGGCCUAGGACAACUCGAGGGAAAACUCGAGGUAGAGGCAGGGGCAGAUCUACUGAGGAUGAAGAUUUAAUUUCAAUAGAAAUAAAUAAAACUCUUGAACAAGCGGGACUACAUUCGUCGGAUAUUAAUAUGAAUUUGGAAGCAGAAAUAAAUCAACCAACGUCUCCAUACUUGAGCAGAGCACCUUCUCCUACUCCAUCAUUUGCAUCAAUUUCGAGUGGUAGACGACUUGGUUCUUUAUCACAUGAUCUUCCAGCUCCUGGAAGAUUGGCUUCGGUUAGAACGGCACCAACUGGACAUUACUUUCUAUCAACAUCUUCAAGAGUAACAUUACGUGGAACACAAAAGAAAAUAUUUGUUCCGACAAUACCUGAAGCACAUAGAAGACCUCAACCAACGAUAGCUGCCGACGCAAUUACUCCUGAAUUAUUUGAUAUAGGGGAUAAUGAACCGUUCACAUCUGGUACAGAUUCAAGAGGACGAGGAACAGAUCGAGAAAGAGGAGCUCGUGGACGCGGCAGAUUUGUGCCAGAUAUGGUUGCAUCUGGACCGUUUGCAUUUGGCUCAAAUGCUAAUUUCCAGCCAUUGGACACCACGAACGUCUUUAGCACUUCUGUUAUUGAAGAAAGGAAAAGUAGAACAGAUUAUGCUGAGGAUUUUGAAUCGUUCCGAGAAGAUCCUUGGGCACCAGAUAUACUUUUAGUUGAACAUGAAAGAGAGGACACUGCUGGUAUAUUAGAAGGCAAGGAUGUAAUUGACAAUGAAAAAUCGAAAGAAAUUAAAAGAAAAAUGAUACAAUUUGUUGAAGAAGAAAAUCAUCUAUUAUGUUUUCAAUUGCCUACCGUCUUACCUGAGUUUGAACCAUCUAAACGUCCAAGGAUGAAUGGUCCGAACGAUAGGUCGUCCCAUCUUGAUAAAGGAAAGGGUAGAGCUACCGAUAAACUAGGACCUGGUCCACCCGUAAUGCCAUCUUCAGUAAAGGAGAAGGGUAAGAGUAAAGAAAGAGAACAAGAUAAUUCUGAGGAUGCCGUCAAUGGUAAUAAUAAGCCAGAGGGCCAGAUAGGGCGACUAAUCGUGCGUAGAUCUGGUAAAAUGCAAAUGAUUUUUGGGGACUUUACAUUUGAUGUCACGGCUGGUUUGAAUCGGACAUUUUUGGAGAAUGCUGUAGUGAUUGAUUCUUCUCAAGAAAGUGUUUUCAAUUUAGGACAAAUCACGCAACACUUGAAGAAAAGUUCUAAAGUACCUGAACAAAAUGUGGAUACUCAAGACGUAACUCCGGUAUCAAAUGUCGUUAUGCCAGCGGAUAUCGAGGAAAAAUUUAAACCAAUAAACAAUGGAAUUUCUUCUUCGCCACCAUCAACACAAACUGAGCAAGCUACAUCCCCAGCGGUAACUCCAAACAAAAAGAAUAAUACACCAAAAAAACGAAAAGUUAGCAAACCAUCACCUGUAGAAGAGGAAACGGUAGAAGAUAAGCCGGAAACUAUAUCAUUAGAUCAAACUGUGAUAGAAGAAAGGGAGCAACCAGUUUUAUCGAUUAAGAAAGAAAAAGACACUUCUGUUCGAAAACGUAAUAGAAUUUUACCUCAAAGGGGGAAAAAACUUAAUAGUGAUACGCAAUUACCACCAACUCAAUUACAAACAACCACGCAACUGCAAAACGAAAUACCGCAAGUACGACCACUACCACCACCAUCUUCACAACCUCUAUUAGAGAUACAAAAACCUCAAAAAACGAGGGGUCCUUCAACUCCGAAGCGAAAAGUUAAAGCUCCAGUAUUUACAGUAUCAGUAGUUACGGAGAAGGAUGAUCAAAAAUCCUCCAACAAUGCUGUUCCUAUAAUUCCAACUGAUGAAUCUAAUACCUCUAAACCUAAAGAAGUAGUUGUUAAAGAAGAACCUAAAGAAAUUAAUGAAAUUGUAACGCAAAAAAAACCACCGAGAAUAGUAAUUAAACCAAAAAGAAAAAGGAUAAUCAAAAGCAAGGAAACCAUAUCUAGUGAGGAUGAAGUUUUGGAAGAAGAACCUGUUAUUCCAAAUAAGAUUAUGAAAGCACCAACAAUUAGUGAAUCAUUAGGAUCAUUAAAUUCUCAACCUAAAUCAUCAAAGAAACGAGGUAAUGCAAAUGGUAUAGACACUAAUAAAGACUCGGCUGUAAAAUCUCGUGUUACUAGACAACGAACAAAAACAACAAAUAAGGUGAAGACAGGUAGAGGUCGAAGGAAAUUAAUUAGAUUAGGCGAUGAUGAAAUUGAAAGGGACCUAUCCAAAUUUUCUGAUGCAGAGACUAUUAAGAAUGAAACAGAUGAAAAAUUGGAUCAAUUGAUAAAUCAAAUCUCUGAAAAUAGACAAAAAGUAUAUAGUGGUGAACAAGAACGGGAGCAAGCUGGUGUCAUCAUUGAUUUGCCCUUUGGUGGCUGA